GUUAGAGUUCAGAUUAUCGUAACCACGUGGUUAUCAGUCAGCGUGCUUGUUUGUAGUUGUAUACGCUAUUAAAUAUAAAAGAUGGGCAAAAAACAGAAUAUUAAACCCGAUGAAUCGUUGCUACGGACGUCGAAAAAAGAACAACCAUUCAGCAAGAAAAAACAGAAGCGAGAUGCCAAACCAAAGCAGGAGGAACACCUGCAGCAGAUCCCCUUCCGCCUUCGCGAGAUCAUGAAGAGCAAGGAGAGGAUGAAGAUUGGCGCAAGGAAGAUGAAAAAGAAUAAAGCCGUUGCGCUCAAGCAGAACGCCGAUAGAUCCCAGGCGACCGGCACGAUCGCGGUUCCUCACUUUCGCCGACGUCAGAGGGAGUCGGAGAAGGCCUAUGUGCGGCGCAUGAACCGGGAGACCCAGCACGUGCUCUUCCUCACCAAGAACCAGCUGGACCGCAAGCCGGAGUUGACGCAGGAGGAGCAGGAGCACCCGGCGGACAAGCGGAAGUCUGAGAAGAAAAAAGAAUUUGACAAAGUGAGGCUACAGCGGCUGCAAAAGAAGAAGGCUGAGAGAAGACAGGAGGAGGAGGAGAAGGAGCUAUAUACUGACACGGUGCAGUUUGGCGAAGUUGCCAUGGCUCCCCCAUGCUUGACAACCAAACCCAGGAAGGCAGCCUGCAAGACAGCGGGGGCGACAAAGGGGCUGCUGCUGAACUCUCUGCUUGGGCACACCCCAGUUUCGACAGCGAAGUCCUCCAUGGCGAGGCAGAGGAUAAUGGAGGAAGAACGGCAGCGCGUGGUCCAGGCCUACAGGCUCCUGAAGAAGGCAAAGCAGGAAAGGAAGGAGUCCCAGAGGGCGGGGCUAGGCAGGCUGCAGAACCCACAGUGAGUUUGUGGGUGGGGCUUAGCAUAUUGAGGAAAUGGCCUGGCUUCGCAGAGAUCUGACCUCAGUGGGAGGCAUUGGCUUCAGCUUAGUUCAGGUUUAGGUGCACAUGGGCAGGGUAGCAGCGCGCCGCCCCAAAAUUCGCACCUUGAACGCCCCGAACACAACUCCAGUGCCACGACGUCCCGCAAGCAUUUUCCGGAAAGAACGCCUUCCUCGGUAUGUGACCGAGGUGCCUACGAUUACUCUGUUCAGAUAUGGUUCUGGCCAUUCACAUGGACCUGGAAGACCCUGACCUUUGACCUCCAGCAGCCUGGAAGACACUGAGGUGGCAGUGACUAUGACCGUAACGAGCAGAGCGCAGCAUCUCGCGCAGAGUCAUCUGUCUGCUUUCAAGAUUGACAGAAGAGCUCAGUCAGUCAAAGGGUUUGUUCAUUCUCCCACUCAGCCUUGGUGGUGGCCACAGAGCCUGCAGAGGUACUCGGCCUGUUCUGAAGGGUCGCAGCGUUCUGCUGAAAUUAUCCCUUUUCUCUGGGAGCAGCAGCGUAUGCAGGGCUGCUCAACCCCGGCCCUUGGACGGUCACAACACUGCCAGCUUUCAUUACAUUUUCAUAGGUUUGAGAAUCUACAUAAAGAUGAUUUUACCUUC